AUGAGAGUCACCACACAAUUGUUGACCACUCUCUUCAUGAUUGUGGUGGCCACCGCUACCAUGAUCUUGGCUGCUAAUCCUUUCGACACAAGUACCCAACCAUUUGCAAUUGGUGGUUACUUCAAGAGAUUGGAAAAGAAGUCUCCAUCACUCUUUGCUUGCUAUAACUCAACCAUCAAUGACUGGGCUGAACUGAGAUGGGGAGAAGUCUAUCAUAUUGGAGCUGCUCCUUAUAAGGUUCAAUUGAAGACUGGUGAAGUGAUCUUUGUGAAUCCAAGUGGUGCCAAUCAUUUGAUCUAUGCUGCUGCAACCACUACCUUCUCUCCUGCUCUCUUGUCCACUAAAGACACUGUCGUUCAAGCAAGUGGUACUCUUCAAGUCCUUCUCUCGUACGAUCAAAAGAGAUUGUACUUGAUUGGUCAAAUCUUUAAAGUCGGUGGUACUUCAUUGACUUCCAGUACUUCUAUCAAGGUGAUUUCCUUUGAUAUCAGCAAGUUGACACAAGGAGCAUUGACCACUUACACCGAACAUACCUCCAAUUAUCCAGUCAACACUCAAUUGUCAUGUUCCAGUCCAAUGUUAGCUCUCGGUAACGGAAACUUGUUGUGUUAUCAAAGUGCUCGUACCUUUGUUGCCUAUGAUGGAUCCAAUUGGAGAACUUUCACUCCAUCCUCUGUUGGAAACACCGUUUCUUUCGGUAGCAAUGACUUUAUGGUUCAUCAACCCACUGGAAAUUUGUAUGCCAAGGGUUUUGAUUCAACUGCUGUUGCUUCUGUCUUUUUCAAGUUUGAUAUGGGAAGUGAUUUCCAAACCAUUAGAACUUUGGGUUCCAGACAAGUGGUUUCACAAUGGACUUUGGGCUCUGAUUCCUUGUACUACAACUUGUAUCUAGGUGACUAUGUAGUUGAUAGUGCUGUUCCAACUCAAAACGUUCAACAAUUCAAAUUGGAUGCUCCUACUAACUCUGUUUCAUUGGGAACUACUCGAUUGGCUAAUGGAUUGACCAGAAUAGCUGCUGAUAACAGCUCUGUUGCUCAAUAUGUCUCAUACAUGUACUAUGAUUUCAACAUCAAGAAGUUGGUGUUGGCUUUGAAUACCGAUACCAUCUAUCAAGUCUAUGGUUCAAGAGAUACUUGGUCCGAUGAUAACACUGUCGCUUACAGAUUCCAAUUGAUGGGAGAGUUGUUGGCCUAUGAUGAAGCUUCUGGUAAAUAUGUCGUUCCUUAUGGAGGUGGUUACUUGCUCUCAAGAGGUGUCUUGCUGAGUUCCUAUGCUGAAUCAGGAUUGAGUUGUAUUGUUGCAACCACUGCAAGCAAUGUCGUCUAUUACAGAACAUGGGCUCCAAACUUUGGUCUCUAUGAUCCAUCUCAAGACAAAUUCGUUGCUGAUGAUAAAGUGAGUGGAUUGCUCGACACCAUGUUCCCAGCUCAAACUCCUCCUGCUUCCUACAUUUCCGCUAUUGAAAACUCUCAUUCCUCUGGUAUGGUCUAUAUUGGUGGUUAUUUCAGAUCCAUCAACAAUGUGGUCUACAACUCUAUUGUUGCUCGUGCUCGUGAUGGAACUUUAUCGGCAUUGAGUGGUGGUUUGACUUUGGUCAAUUUUGCCUAUGAUACCUUUGAUAAGCCUCAACCUGGUAUGGUCAGAAAGAUCAUUCGUUCCAGUGAUAACCGAUACUUGUUUGUUUUGGGUUCUUUCAAUCGAGCUGGAAACAUUUUGUGCAAUGGUUUGGCUAUUUACAAUAUUGAGAAGGGAACUUGGUCUCGCCCAGAAGGUCUUUUCGAUUCUACUGUUACCUUCCUUGAUAUGGAUUAUGAUGGAAGAUACUUGUAUGUGGUUGGAAAUAACUUGAUCCGAGUCGGAAAGUACGUCGUGAAGAAUGUUGCUCGUUAUGAAGUCUCUACCGAUACUUGGUACCCAAUGAAUGGAGGUGUCGAUUCCAAUGGAUCUAAGGUCUUUGUUUACAAUGGACGUGUGAUUGUUUACGGUCCAUCCACAGGAAGCUCUGUUGCCUUUGUUUCUGGUUUGGCGGUUUGGGACUCCAACUCAUGGAAGACCGUCAAGAUGGACGGAGUGGAUCAACCAAACUCUUGCAGAACCAACAAGUGGUGUACCUAUAACCUCGGAACUGUGAAUCCAACGAUUUAUAAGGGCAACGUGUACUUUAUUGGUGCAGGUGAUGUGAAAGUCCCAACUGAUAGUUCCUUUUCUGCUCUUGAAACCUAUACGACUGCUGCUGUUCCAGGAACUGGUUUCUACAAUUAUCCAAAAUCGAAUACUCUUGGUAUCGCUACUAUUGGUAAUACCAAAUUCUAUGAAUUCAAUUACAAUACCAUGAACUUGCAACAUACUCAAACAAGAGAUGAUGGUGAUGUGGCUGAUGCUGCUAUCCAAGCUUUGAGUACUGGUAGCAAAUUCACCGUUUCAUUGGCUUUGUUGUUGGUUUCUCUCUUGGUUGCUUUGCUUCUCUAA